AUGAUCAUCGCUGAUAAUUGGAAUCAUCGUAUCGUCCAAUGGAACAAGGGUGAUACAGAUGGGAAAGUGGUCGCCGGCGGUAAUGGUCAGGGAAACCGAUUGAAUCAAUUGAAAUUUCCAAGCGAUAUGUUGUUCGACAAAGAGACAAAAAGUCUCAUUAUCUGCGAUCGUGGUAAUCAACGAGUUGUACAAUGGUCUCGUCGUAGUGGAACAAGUAAAGGAAAAGUCCUUCUCGACAAGGUCUUUUGUUAUGGAUUAGCUAUGGAUGAUCAGAGAUAUCUCUACGUCACUGAUAUAGUACGGCACGAAGUAAGACGAUAUAAAAUAGGGGAGAAGAAUGGAACUCUCGUGGCCGGUGGUCAUGGUCCAGGUGAUGAUCUCAAUCAACUCGAUGAGCCGAUCAAACUCUUUGUCGAUCGACAGCAGGCUGUCUACAUAUCAGACCACAAAAAUAAUCGUGUAAUGAAAUGGAGUAAAGGUGCAACAGCAGGAAUUGUCGUCGCUGGGGGCCAAGGAGAAGGAGAUGCUUUGACACAAUUGCUCAAUCCUAUCGGACUUGCCGUCGAUACGUUUGGUACCAUCUAUGUAGCAGACACGUAUAAUCAUCGAGUGGUGCGUUGGUCUAAAGGAGCGAAGCAAGGCACUAUCAUUGCAGAUGGAAAUGAUUCGAAUAAAGGAGAAAAUCAGUUCCAACAUCCCGUGGAUUUGUCCUUCGACCGAAAUGGGAACCUCUAUCUCAUUGAUUGGGAGAAUGCUAGAGUUCUACGAUUUUCUAUCGAAUAG